GAAUAGUCUUUCCACAGCAACUUUCGACAGCUAACUCUACACUCCAAAUUUUGUAUAAAAUAGAAUUCAGCUCUGGACGAGAAGAGUUCUCUGGGGGUCAAGAGCGUAGCGCAAUGUCGGCUGCCAAAUGCAUUUGCAUGGGUCCAGGAUCAGCGCCGCCCUUGAGUAUGGGCAUGACAUCCAGACAAUUCUCCCAGCCGCCCUGUCCGUGUAUCAAAUGCAAGGAACGGGCACGGGAACAGCACGAAGCGCGCGUCCAAGCAAUUGCACAGAGCAAGUUGGGCAUUUGUGGCCAGAUUGCCUCAAGCGGUGCUGGUCCGGGAAUGGGAGCGGCCAAGGGAAUGGGCAUGGGACCAGUAAGCAAUUCAGGGAAGUGUGGGCGACCAGAAAUGGGACCAAGGAUGGGACCGGGAAUGGGACCGGGAAUGGGACCAGUAAUGGGAGUCGGAAAAGCACCAGGAAUGGGAUCAUGCAAGGGAAUUUCCAUGGUACCCAGCAGUAAACCCGGAACUAGAACGGGUCCGGACAUGGGCCCUAUCGUGGGAGCUUGCAAUAGACCGGGACGUGGCAUGGGACCAGGCAUGGGACCGGCAAUGGGACCUAACGGUCACACAAAUUCUGACAUGGAAGCAAUUAAUCGCAGUCCACCAAAACAAGGCUGCAGUCCUCAAAAGGUCACUAAAAAUGACGUCCAAUCCAACGAUCCUAAAUGCCAAUGUCUGGGUGCACAAUUGGACGCUGAACGUGAGGCUUCUAGCCAAGAUUCGACUGAGAGUCCAACAGGUCUUAUCUUUGGCGGUGCGGUGACGCAGCGUAAAUCGAGUAUAACCCAAGGUGGCUAUCGGCAAAUAAUAUUUCCACACUCGGGUUGCGCUGCCAAGGAUUACGAUGAAUUGGACGAUGAUGACAAUAUGCUAAUGGCAAAUGUAGAUCUAGGACGGGAUACGUUCGGUUUGCCGGUGAUACUGCAGGGUAAUGCGGGCAUCUUGAAUACGGGUGGCUUCUGUCGCGACACGAUGCUCUGCGAUGAAUUCUGUGGCAUUGGUCGCGGUUGCAGUGCCGCUUGCAAUAAAGGCUCUACAGCGGCAGCAACAGCAGCGGGUCAAAAAACGGCGGGAAUUCGUAUCUGCAGCAACGAGUACAUCAAUACUAUACUGACCUUUCUCAUGGAGGUACUGGGCAUACUGGUCUUCUUUGCCGUUUGCACCAUCACCUUUUGGAUUACGUUGGGCUAUUACAUUGUACAGUUGCUGAUCGAACUGAAGAACGCGAAUCGCAAUGUGCAUGUGGCGGUUGGCACCGUUCUCAGUUUGCUGGUCCUCGCCUUUGCCGUCACAUUGGUCACGCACAGCGAGGGUACCUGCCGACAUCGUGCCAUCGCCAUACGCAAAGGCAUCGAAUCCUCGGGCACCACCUCGACCUCCAGCUGUAGCAAGUGCAACAAAGCAGUCACAGCCGCCGCUAAAAGAGCGUGCGCUCACAAAUGCAAAACGUCUGCGAAGCCAAAACUAAAAGCCAUCACAAGCAAACCGUCGAGUGGCAAAUCCUGUGCAGCUAAACUGGGGAUGACAUCCAAGUCGAAACCCAAAGCCAAGCCUCAAAAGCCCAAGCGCGUCUAUAGCGAUUGUCAGGGUCGCGCCAUUUUCGAUAGAUCGAGACGCAAUUCGAUUCUCAUCGAGAUGAAACAACCCCCAACCUGGCUCAUCUGGUUGCGGGACAGCGCUCAUGAGUUCUUCCAUAGACAGUAAACCGUCAUCUGCACCUUUAUUUUAUUCUUCUGAUUUUGCAAUCAGUGUCAAAUUCAAAGUCGAAGCCAUGAACAGGGCAUAUUAAAUCAAGUUGUGGAGAAGUAAAGUCAACAAAAAUAUCAAAA